GUUAAAACGUUUGUGUGUCUGUGCAAUUGUGUUUUAGAAUAAAUAGGAAAAGCAAGCUCUCAGGCUUUCAUUCUCGCAGUGGUUAAAGUGACAUGAAAGUGAAGACAUUGGUGCUUAGCAAGUCAUGUAUCAGCAUGCCCUUCCAAACUCAGCUAAUAUUUUUGCCAAUGGACAUAAUGUGCCAAUUAAAGCUACGAGCAACGGGUCAACGUGUGCCAAUGGGUCUCUUGGGCCAGAAGGGCCCGAAGCGACAGAGACCGACUCAUCAGGGUCCGGGCGGAUGCGGAAGUCGUUGGAGAGGAAGGGCUCAGCGCCGAACGACGCUAUUCACCUCCAGAGACGGGUGGGACUCUUCAGUGGGGUGGCUUUAAUUGUCGGAACUAUGAUAGGGUCUGGAAUAUUUGUGUCACCUUCAGGUCUACUAGUUCGUACUGGUUCCGUUGGUGUUAGCUUUAUAAUAUGGCUGGCCUGUGGUUUGCUGUCAUUGUUUGGCGCUUUAUCAUAUGCUGAAUUGGGGACAAUGAAUACUUCGUCUGGAGCAGAAUGGGCUUACUUUAUGGAUGCAUUUGGACCGGCACCAGCAUUUUUAUUCUCAUGGGUAUCAACGUUGGUGCUAAAGCCAUCACAAAUGGCUAUUAUUUGUCUCUCAUUCGCACAAUAUGCAGUUGAAGCAUUCGUUACGGAAUGCGAUCCACCAAUGGCGGUUAUUAAAAUGGUUGCUUUGGUUGCGAUAGUUAUGAUACUCUUUGUUAAUUGUUAUAGUGUAAAUUUGGGUAUGGCUGUGCAAAAUAUAUUCACUGCUGCAAAAUUGGUAGCUGUUUUAAUAGUUAUUAGCGGUGGUGCUUGGAAAUUAUUCCAAGGCAAUACACAACAUCUAUCGAAUGCAUUUAGUGGACCUACACCCACCAUGGGUGCAAUAGCAACAGCUUUCUAUACUGGCCUUUGGGCUUAUGAUGGCUGGAAUAAUUUAAAUUAUGUCACUGAGGAAAUUAAAAAUCCCAGCAAAAAUUUACCACGUUCCAUCGUAAUUGGUAUACCAUUGGUGACACUUUGCUAUGCACUCAUAAAUAUAUCAUAUCUGGCUGCUAUGUCACCCACCGAAAUGAUUGAUUCGGAAGCAGUUGCUGUUACAUUUGGCAAUCGCAUAUUGGGCGCUAUGGCGUGGUUAAUGCCAUUAAGCGUCACGAUCAGUACAUUUGGCAGCGCAAAUGGCACACUCUUCGCAGCGGGACGUUUGUGUUUCGCUGCCAGCCGUGAAGGACAUUUGCUUGACAUACUAUCCUAUGUACAUGUGCGCCGCCUAACACCAGCUCCAGGAUUGAUUUUCCAUUCACUCAUUGCUGCAGCUAUGGUGCUAUAUGGUACAAUUGGUUCGUUAAUUGACUUCUUCAGUUUCACCGCAUGGAUAUUCUAUGGCGGCUCCAUGUUAGCGCUUAUUGUGAUGCGUUUCACCAAACCCAACUAUCCAAGGCCAUAUAAAGUGCCUAUUAUCAUUCCUGUUGUGGUCUUGGUGAUAUCAAUGUACCUUGUAGUAGCGCCAAUAAUUGAUAUGCCGCGUAUUGAGUACUUGUACGCUCUGGGAUUCAUACUAGCCGGUCUAAUAUUCUACGUGCCAUUUGUCAAGUUAGGCAUGACACCGAGAUUUAUGAAUAAAGUGACGUUAUUUUUCCAACUGUUGCUGGAGGUGGUGCCUACAUCAAGCAUGAAUAUGUUCGAUUAAAAAUUGCUCAAGUUUGGGAUAUUAUUACAAUUUAAACUUAUAUUAAA